AUGGGUUUAUUUGAAAUGAGAGUAAGCGAAGUAAAAGCUGAGAAAGUGAUACGGCGCUUGGGCUUUAAUCAUUGGAUCAGGGUUGAAGCCACGGGUUAUGCUGGAGGGAUCUGGGUGUUAUGGAAUGAAGAGGAGGUUUCCGUCGAAUAUCUCUACUCCAAUACCCAACUGAUCCACUGUAAACUCACGAAUGUUUCUUCAGGUGAGGUGAUGUUUUCUACUUUUGUUUACGGCGACACUACCAUAGGUAGAAGAAGGACGCUUUGGGAGUCUCUGAAGAGGAUUACUGAGAGUAUUGAUGGAGCCUGGAUUGUUUUGGGUGAUUUCAAUGCCUUUUUAGAGCCCAAGGAUAAGUUAGGCGGUGCACCACUAGUUAGACAGAUGAUGGAAUCCUUUCAGUCUUGCUUGAACCAUUGCGAGCUGAUGGAGAUACCAAUAGUGGGCGACCGUUUCACUUGGGAAAAAGAAGGGGUCAGGGAAAGGCUGGAUUGGGCCUUUUGUAACUUUGACUGGGAAUUAACUCACCCACAUUUCAAGAAUUACCAUCAAUUACGCUUCAAUUCGGACCAUAGAGUCCUGGUUCUCUCUGGCGUAAAAAAUGGUAGCAGCCUUAACUUAAAGAAAUCCUUUAGAUACCAAGCUGCGUGGUGUCUUGAACCGGACUUCAAAGAGCUAGUAAAGCCUACUUGGGAAGAAGAAAUUGGAGUGAAGGUAGACUUUCUUUCGAAGAAAAGGUUUCUGAGUGGAAUGAGAAAGUGGUAG